AUGUUCGCGUCUCACAUGAACUUCCACGAUCCAACUGUUAUAUAUUUCUCGGCGUUCUUAGAACAGCCCGACGACGGUAGCGGUCUACAAGUUAGAGAAUGUCGUGUAUCGCGUAUCACCGGCUUAGACCCUGCGUUCCCGUUAUUCGACAAGCUCCCGUUGAUUCAAAGGCUGGACCCGACAGACGCAGAUUUCGUGGACGUCAUACAUACAGACGCCGGCAUAUUCGGUAAUUUUCCAAAACUUCUAGCAAGUUACCAAACAAAUACUAGUGAUAAGGAGCUUCAAGGAAUCAAUCAACAGUUAACUGAAUCGAAGAUUUUGCCUCCAGGUUUCAACAGACCGACAGGUCACGUAGACUUUUACCCGAACGGCGGCAUCAGUCCACAGCCGGGAUGCGAACUGGAGAUCGUAUUACAUGAUCCACGGUUAUUCAACAAAUGUGAUGGCAACGCACAACUGCACGGCUAUUUUAUUUUCACUUUGGAAAUGAAAAAAGAUACUAAAUUUGAACAAAACAUACUACAAUUCUUCACACUCAUCAAUGUACUAAAGAAGAAAGUGAGCGAAAACACAGAAAAUAUCAAAUCAACGACAGACUUCGAGACAUACAAUAUAAACAAACACAACAAAAAUCAUAAACAAGUCAAUAACAAGAAAGAACAUUUUCUAGACACAACAAAUUUUAGAGACGAAGAAGUUAAAACAGUAUUAUAUAAUAUUAAUCACAAAAGAGACAAACGCAUAAGCUUCAUCGGUGAUAACGAUAUAAAAGACACCAAUAAUACUCUAAGAAAAUCUACCAAACAUAUCGCAAACACAGACGCACACAAAGAAACAAAUGACAAAACCAAUAAAGGAAAGAAUAUAAAUAAAAAUAAGGAAGUUAAAAUAAAAGUCUUCGAUACUAAUAACAAAAAGGAUAAAUAUCUAAGUUUUAUUGGUGAUAAUAAAAUUGACGCUAGUAUCUAUUUAAUAAAUACUACAAAAACUAACACAGAUAAGGACGCAAACAGAAAAGAUGAAACACAAACUGAUGACACUUCUAAAAAAGUUGUACAACAAAACACAGACACAGACGUCAAAGAAACACAAACCCCUAGAAGACACAAAAGAUUUAUAUCGUUCUUCAGAAACGUUAACGACGAUAAUUUCCUAUUCAAAAUACUAGAGUUCUUAAUGAGGAACAGACGGAAUAUACUGCCAGUGGUGACUGUGAUGAGAGAGAUCAACACAUUAGUGAAAAAUGGUAACGGAGAACUGAGCCAUUUUACAAAAGAGAGAAACAAUUAUAUAGGAGCGAACCCGCCACUGAUACCUAUUACGUACGACUUGCAAAUAGGUGACGAGUCUAAAUUGACCGCUUUCGUUAAGAGACUGCUGGGUUUGGCCAGCAAAGGUGGAAAAUUGACUGUUAAUGGAAGCGGAAAAUAAAGGUAAUCUAAUGUAUCAUCACCAGCCCUUUUUACGUCCCCACUGCAGGGGCUCAGGCCUUCCUUAUGGAUGGUUAAGGAGGAUGGGCCAUGACCCUCCACGCUGGCCCAAUGCGGAUUGGAGGGUAUUAACGACUGCAAAUGCAGCCGGGACCAACGGCUUAACGUGCCUUCCGAAGCACGGAGUAGCUCGAGAUAAUAAUUUUUGGUCACCCAUCCCGUGACCGACCCUUGCGAAAGUUGCUUAACGAUUACGAUCGCGGGCCGCGGCGCUUAUCCACUACGCCACCGAGCUACUCUAAUGUAUAAUGAAUCAUAUUCACUUUCCUUACAUUGAGUCAAUUUUAAAGAUCGUGUCUAUCUUCACUGAUACCAUUGUUGAUAAUCAAGAAUUCGUUUUUCUUUUAAAUAGGAGAAUAAACUAAGCUUAACAUAUCUUUUAAUCUGAAGGGCCGGGAAAUGCGUAAUUUUUAAACAAUGUUUUGUGGUUAUAGCAGCUGUCAAAACGCGAGGUAAUUGUCAAGCUAGUUUAAAAUCUAACACAUUAAAAUGAAAUUGUUAAUUAGAUUUUAAACAUUCGUAGAACAUAUGAAAAGUAGCAAGCUGCCAUUGCACGGCCCGAAUCAUAUUCUCGUAGUUGUCGUGAACUUUUAAAAAUAAUUAACAGCUCCGCAAUUAUUUCAUGGCACUUAACUAUGCGCUAUAAAAUAAAUUAAAAAAAUAUAUAUUUCAAGAGAUGUCACAUCAUCAGACAUGUUUUCUAAUUUUGAGAUCAAAAUUGGACAUGAUUCUUCAAGCGUUCGCAUUGACACGCACACACACACACACACACACAUACGCGUAUCCACUUCUUGUCCAUUAA